AUGCCCACUGUUCUGCUCGUGCUCAAACUCCUGAAUUCAGCAGCUGGCUCGCCAGAGCUACGGCCAGAAUACGUUGACGGGCUGAAGGCACUUUUUUCGGUGCUCGACACGCAGCGAAAGGGGACAGUUUCUUACGAGACGCUUUGUGCCCGGCUCUGUGAACUCCCACGCCCAGCCCUUCCGCCAACCUUUUUAAGCUGUAUUGGAAAAGUUACGCCGCUUGACGGGCAAAUCUCCUUCGAACGUUUCCUAUCUGCCGUAAAACUCUCACUACGCGAUCAAGAAAUCAACAACAACAACAACGGCUCAAUGAGCAAUUUGUAUCGGGUGCAGAGCGAGGGGCGGUUGGCUCAGGGAACUCACCAACCCAAAAGGUCACCACCUACAAUGGGCGUAAAUGGGUUGGAUCAAAGAAGGGUCAUCUACGCAUCAAAUCCCAAUCUACGCUCAUCGCCAAAUUAUGAAAAUAUGUUGUAUGGACAAGUGCAAAUGCGCCCGAAGAAGACGACAGUUCGUGCUCAAAAAGAGGAGCAUCGUCUUCGGCAUCCCCUGCCACCGCCUGGUCAGCAAAAAAUUAGCGUGCCGGGCAGACGACCAAUGUCUACGAAUAGUUAUAAUAGUAUUGCGUCUUCUGGCAUGGAAAAUAUCGUGUGGCGGAAUUCAGUGAUGUCCAGCUCAAAUUCGGACUCAACCAGGCGGAACACAAUUUGCGACGAGGAGGCAUCCCCGAGAAUUGUAGGCUUUUGCGGGGCGGAAUACCGGAAUUUCUGGCCCAUAGCUCGGGUCUUGCGUGGAUUGCAUAGCUUU